CGCGUCAAGCCCUGCGACAAGGACCUGGUGUCCUGGCCUGAUCUUUCGACGGCUCCAGUUGAUGUCGCUGAUCUCGUCGGGGAGGCCGAGCGCGAGUGUUUGUCGAGAUGGGGGCGGACCGUGCUCAAGAGUGAGUCGUCUGCUUCAGAUCUGAGUGCGGCUUCGGUGCCGCAGCGCCCUUGCGUCGACCCGAUUUUGGGCAGCAGCCCCAGGGCCUGCGCCGGCUUCGCGGGGGAGUUGCUGCAGGGUGGUAUGAUCUCUUUCCGUGUGGCGCGAGUUGAUGAUCCUUAUAGCUUGGGCUUUUUCUUUGUCGAGAAGGUUUGCAAGGGCACGCUUCGCCCCGUCUUCGACGCGAGGGUGGCGAACGAGGGUUUCGCGGCCCCGCCCAAGACCACGCUCCCCGCGGCCGCGGCGCGGGCCGCCCUGGAGUCGGACAACCUCGCGGCGCUGGCCCGGGGCGACAUCCAGCGCGCGUUUUGCCACAUGCUCGUGCCGGAGGGCAUGGAGGAGCUGUUUACGUUGCCUCAUAUCUCCAGUCGUUUGCUCAAUGUCAAGCAGCUCGACGGCCUCCCCAUCCCUCCCGACGGUCUCCUCCGGCCGAUGGUGCGAGUCCCGCCGAUGGGCUGGAGCUGGUCGCUGCUGUUCUGCCGGAGCAUCAUGGGGGGGGCGCUCCUGCAUUGCGGGUUCGGCGACGGUGUCCUUAUCGAGGUUGGCCGCCCGAGCCCCGCCCUCUCUUCGAAGGACGGCGUGGCAGCCGCGGGCUACGUCGACAACUUCGCCAUCGUGGGGGGCGGCCCCGUUGCUGUCACUUCCAAGAGGGAUGAGGUGACCCGCGCGCUGGAGGCUUGGGGGCUACCUGUGCACUCGCUCGACGCCGCCUCGGCCGUAUCCGCGUUCACGGGUCUCGAGAUCAAUGGCGAGCCUGGGGCCGUGAGGGUGAAGCCUCGGAGCGCCAUGCGCCUUCGGCAGGCGCUGGUGGCGGUUUCGCGGCGAGGGGCCCCCGACGACUCCGACAUCAUUGAGGGGUUCUUGGACUCGAGCCCUGCGGGCUUCUGCAAGGGCUUCCACGAGAUCCCCGAGGAGCUCGUGCAGGUCUCGUCGUGGGUCACCGUGAUCUCCAGGAGGCAUUGGAACCCGUCCAAGAACAUUGUAGAGCACGACGGCGACGCUCUGCGUGACGCAAACGCCGCGUUGUCGGACCCCGCUCGGGCUCGGCACCCCUGCCGCGCCCUGCGCGCCCUGGACUGGUUGGGCUGGCGCGUGCUGAACUUCGCCACCGCCAGCCAGCUGGACUGCAUCCCCGUGUGCUGCCUGACGGACUUGCCCCUGGGCGGCUUCGUCACAGCGGCCGGGGGGAUGACGGUCGCGGCGAUGCGCCACCUCCUGCCGCUCAUCCCCGUCGGGAAGCGGCCACCCCCGCGGUCGGUGCGAACCCUCGAUGGGGGGCGCCGCCUGAUGCCGCCGCAGUCGCGCCUGGUUCUUCCUCGCUUGGUCGCGGUUGCAGUCGCAGGCUGGCUCAUGUGGAGGAACCUGCCCAGCAUGGCGGUCAUCGUGGCGCUGGUCUGCCACGCGUGCCUCAGGCCGUCGGAGGCCUACAGGCUGCGCGUGGGCUCGCUGAUGCCGCCGAUCUCAGGGUCGGGCGUCAACCCGCGGGGCAUCGUCGGGGGCGAAGCGAAGCCGGGCCGCCCUGGCAUGGCUGGGGUGAUGGACGAGUCGGCGCUGGGCAACGCCCCCGAGCUCUGGCCCGCGCUGCGCGCGCGGAUGCCCAACGCGUUUGCGGACGCCAGCCUCUGGAACUUCAGGCCCGUCGUGGUGCGCGCGAUGUUCCGCCAGGCCUUGCGCGAGCUGGGGCUGCGGCAGGAGUCUCUGUCGGUGUGCGCCCUUCGUCGCGGGGGGAACUCGCGCGACUUGCUCUCGGGUGCUCGUGCGAUAGCGGGGGUCAAGCAGACGUGGAGAUGGACAUCAGACACGUCUUUGAUGAGGCACGGCAAGAGGAGUGGCAUUCAGCAGCGGAUCAGGGGCCUCUCGCCCCAGAUCGCCGAGUUCGGCGUGCUGGGGUUCGCGAGGCUCUCGGUGUUGAUCGUGAGCAAGCUCGUGAAGGGCCGCUUCCCGUUGCCAGUGCCGCUCCAGUCGGCGCCCGCCCUGCCGUGGGUCGAGAAGCGGGCGCCCUUUCUGUCCAGAAAGUAG